GCAGCGUGGAGGGUUUACGCCACGAACCUGAGUCGCAGCGACCUCAGCUCCACCUUCGAUUACUACGAGAGGACGGGGUCGGCGCCCAUGUACAGGCUGAUUCCUCCUCUCAACCAGUUGGAUUUAUUGAGGAACCUCAAGAAUAAAUCUGGACUCUCCUUCAGGAAGGACGUCCAGUCUGAGCCCUCUCCCAGUCAGAAGGUCAGUCUGAAGGAGAGGGUCUUCUCUUCCCCCCGGAGCUCAGGGGCCAAAGGGAAAGGUUCUCCGCAGAACGGUGAGUACUGUUUGCAGAACACGUUCACCGUGUUCUCUGCAUAGUUUUUGAGCGGGACACUGUGAAGCUGACAAAUGAGCGGCCCGACCAAGCAAGGAGGCAGAGCGUCCAAAAAUACAACCCGGUGUGGGAAUUUAUUAAAUCAUACACGU